AUGGUUGAAGGGAAGGAGUACGAUUGUUGGUGGGUACGUUUACAUAACCUCUUUCAUGCAAGCUACGAUCGAGCGUUUUUUCAUGCUCGGGACCAGAUGGAUAAUGUCCUUCAGAUGGCGCCGCCGCUAAUCAACUGGUACCCCAGACCCGACAUCGAAGCACUCGUCACCGUACACCGCGAUAUUCCACCACCACCCGCACAGGCAAAAUACCUAGGCGACGCAUGCCCAGCCUGUAGCCGCACCUGGUUCACCGAGAGCGAAUAUGCGUGCCGCCUCCAUUGCGGCCACUUCCUCUGUCUCGAAUGCCUAACCCAGCACGUCGAUUCAAGUGCCGGUCGGGGCAAAUUGCUUCCGGGCGAAACCGACCCGCUGACUAAAUUCUUCCGCUGCAUAGAAUGUAAAAGCAUAACAGCUCUCCUCGUCGACCGCACCGCCGUGACACGCCCCGACGAACUGCCCUGGUGGCGUUGGAAGAUCUGCAUGCGGCGUCUAGAAAAAGAAGCUUCAGAGUUUUGGCUUGUGAGACUCCAGACACUACCGCAUAGUGGGUGGUUCCGCGAUAUACCACAAGACUGGGAUACUGAUCGGCAGGUCAAGGAGAUUAGAGUCCAUGUCCGCUAUGAUGAUGCGGUAGCGUUUAUGCACGUGCCGAAGAAAGUUUGGGCAAUGUUGCCGUAUGGAUUUAGUUUGGACAAUCCUGUGGAGAGUUGCGAAGCGUUGGCGUUGGAGAAGUGUUUGAAAGGCGAGUUGAAGCGCCUUUCUGUUGAGCGCAAGUUGUUCAACACCAAGGAGAUUCUGGAUCAUAUGGCGAAUGUGGGAAGGGGUGCGUUGAAGCCUGUUGUUGUGGAGGAUGUGAGUGCGAGAUUGGGUAAUCCGGUAACGCCGCCGGGGUAUGAGGCGUAUCGCGAUUUCUUGUGUGAGUGGACUGCGAGAGGGGUGCUCAUGUGUCCAAUGGGACGGAUGCCGAUUCUGGAGUUUUUGAGAGAUAUGGACAAGGAAGGGAACAAGAAGAAGGCUUGGUGGAAGGACGUGCGGGAUGUCUUCUUUGAUCCGUAG